AUGUGUCACCUCCGCGUGUCUAACACUACUUCACCGCCUCUGCGCGCGUGUUGCGGCCCUUUCAUCCCAAAUCGACCUCCCAUUCUCCCUCGCCCUGGUAACCCCUUCCCCCCUUCUUCCCCCCACACCCCUCCUUUCCUCUCCCGCCUCGUCGGCGGCGUGCAUGGCGGCAGGCGGAAUGGACCUGCCGGCGAGCGAGGUGGAUCCGAAGACCGCGCUGGAGCACGGCCGCCGCCUCGUCGAGGUCAUGCUGCGCCCGCUGCUCGCGCACGCCAAAACCAAAAAGCUCGCCUUUCUUCCCUCCUCUCUGUCUGCCCUCUCCCGCGCGCGCGCCAGGUGCACUGCAACGCGUCCAUUGAGCGCAACGACCGCCGCGAGCUGGGGCUCUGCGCUGCUGCGCGCCGAGCCAAGGCGCAGCGCGUCUACAACGACUCUCACUGCCAUCCCUCUUGCCCCCCGCCUGCCUUUGCAUCUCACUUCUUGCCCUGUCUGGUGCUUUCUGGGCUGGUGUGGUUCGGUGCGGUGCAAUCCUGUGGCGGUACCAGGAAGCUGCUGGGGUGGUCGUCAUCAGCAUCAGCGCACUACGAGGCGGGCCUGCCGCCGUCAUGUCUGCUCGUGGUGGUGCAGGGCGCCAAGCAGCACCAGUCCCUACCGGGCUCGGGGGGAGAAGCGCCCUUCUUCGUCGUCUCCCCCAACGCCUUCAUCUUCUGUCGCUACAACGCUCCCACCGCCCCCGCCUCCGCCGCCCCCGCCUCCGCCGCCCCCGCCUCCGCCGGCCCGCUGUCAGGCUCCGCCACGCCCGACUCAGAGCACCUCUCCGCGCAGCACCCCAAUCCGCACCUCUCCGCGCAGCACCCCAAUCCGCACCUCAACGCGCCCUCGCUCCACGCGCCUGGGGCGCUCGCCAUGGCCGUGGCAGCAGGCGUGGGCACGAGAGCAGGCGCGGCGGGGGGCGCAGGGCACCGCGCGUCGCCGUCGCUGUCGCACGUGGAGGGCGCGCACGCGCUGCUGUCGCCGCAGCACGCGCGCUCGUCCAGCGCGCGCUUCUCCCCCGCGCAGGUCGCGCUGAAUUCCGCCUCGCCUGCAGGGCCGGGCGCCGUGCGGGAAGCAUGGUCGCAGGGCGCGUCGCCCAUGGUGCCGCGCGGGGGCGUGGGAGGGGCGGGGCUGGGGCCGGGGAUGGGAGCAGGGGCAGGCGGAGGCGCCAGGUUAGCAGGGACGGGCAGCCACAGCGGCGGCUUCCCUGCGGUUGCCUUGGCGGGUGCAGGGGGCGCUGCAGCGGGCGCGUGUGAUGCGCCGCCACCCCUGUGCGCGGGGGAGUGCGGGGGAGGUGGGGCGUGUGUGGGGAACGGGGGGAAGGCGGUGGGCGUAGGGGCGGAGCAGCUGCGGCCGGGGGUGAUUUACUCGUCUGUGGAGGGCAGCAGUGAGGCGCCGGGCAGGCCGGGCAGCAGCAGCGGCAGCACGGCGUUCCCAGGGGAGCUCAACGCCUCCGCGCUCUCCUCUCUGCAGGUGCACCCCCUCUCCCCGCUAUCAGCGCCCUCUCUGCUUACGUGCACUCCUCUCCAUCCCAUGCUGUGUGGCCGCAGCAUGCCCCUGGGCGUCUUGUUCCUCGAUGCUGCCGCCGCUCUCCCCUCACAUCAAACCCGCCCUGCUCACCUGCGCUUCCCCCCUGCCUCCGCGCCCCUCAACUCUCCCGCUCUUUCUUCUCUUUUCCGUGGGAAUGUGGCAUGUGGUGUGGCCAUGAUGCCGGUGGACGCGUCCACGGGGCACACGUCACUCGCCGCCUCCGCCCUCUCCUCCAUGGAGGUCCCCACCCUCUCUGCUGACUACUGCCCCCCUGGUGUCGCAGCAGCAGCCAUUGCGGAGACUCUCGCCAUGCACCACCACCACCACGCGCACCACCACCACGCGCACCACCACUCACUGCUGCCCUCGCCCGCCCCGUCCCACCUGUCGUCCGCCUCCCCCAUGGACGAGAACGACUACCACCGCAGCCUCUCCGACGCCGCCCGCCACAAGCCGGGCCUGCCGCCCACACGCGUGACGGGCAGGGACGCAGUGGGCGGCGUGGUGGGCAAGGGGGGGCUGCGGGAGGCACUGCGGUCGAGCAGCGCCAGCGCCAUGCCGCUGGACGCCGCUGCUGCCGCCGCCGCCGCUGCCGCGCUCGCCUUCUCCACGGCGUCCCCCGCGUCCACCGGCCGCCUCGCCCCUCCCCUCCACGCCGGCCGCGACAGCCCCGGCGGGCGUCGCGUGGCCUUCUGCGUGGCGCCGCACGGCGCUGCUGCUGCGGGCCGGCAAGGGGGUGAGGGGGGCGCGCACAUGGGGGAGGCCGGGGCGGGCAGGGAGAUGGAGGGCAACGGCGGUGCAGGUGGGGGCGGGGGCGGGGGCGGGGGUGGGGGCGGGGGGGGCAUGCGGUCGCUGCUGGCGGACGAGCUGGCGCUGCUGGAUGAGGAGGAGGAGGCCACUGGGGGCGGGGAGGAGCGGUGGGAGGGCAAAGCCGUGAGCAGCAAUAGAGCAGCAGAGGCGGGUGCGGACGCACGUGGCAAUGACAACAAUUUCAUUGCCAUUCCCUGCGAAUCUUCUUACCUCUCCCAUUUGCCCCACCGCGCCCCAACCCCUCGCUCUCUCUCCCUGUAUGACCGCUGCUGCGAGCAGCGCUUCCUCUCACAGCAGCUGCGCGCGCUGCAGCUCAGUGGCCCGCAGACCAUGCUCUCCGCCGACUCACCCGCCUCCACACUGCUGCCCGCAGAUGCAGCACAGGCGGGGGCGGCAGGGGCGGAGGCAGGGAGGAUGGUGGCGGAGAUGGAGCCGCCGGGACAGGUGGGGGGCGCGCCCAGCAACCGCUUCUCCUCACGCUUCUCCUCCUCCCGCCCCGCCGCCUCCGCCGCCGUCUCCUCACUGCUGCCGCCCGUCGCGGGCGGCUUCAGCACGGGCGGCGGGAGCAGUGCACAGAACGCGGGGGCGCACAGCAUGGGGCAGAUCGACCUGCGCGGGCUGGGGGCGGGCGGCGACGGGUUCGACUGCCGGCUCUUCACACCCAAGCAGCUGGAGAAGGCCACUCGCGGGUACGCACGGGAGAACCUGCUGGGGCGCGGGUCGUUUGGGUACGUGUUCAAGGGCGAGAUGCUGGGGUGCAAGGUGGCGGUGAAGCGGCUGGAGGGGCAGGGGUGGCAGGGGCCGGACGAGUUCCGCAUGGAGGUGGAGGUGCUGUCGCGCAUGCGCCACCCCAACAUCGUGCUGCUCAUGGGCUGCUGCGUCGAGGAAAUGGCCCUCAUCUACGAGUUCCUCUCGGGCGGCACGCUACAGGACAAGCUCGGCCCGCCAAAGACGCCCGACGCCGUGCCUCUGUCGUGGGUGGACCGGCUGAGAAUCUUCUCGGAGAUCUCGUCAGCGCUGCUGUACCUGCACCAGAACGAGCCGCCCAUCGUGCACCGCGACUUAAAGCCCGACAACAUCCUGCUGGACGGGCACAUGAUGAGCAAGAUCGGGGACGUGGGGCUGGCGCGCCUGCUGUGCGCCGAUGACGUCAUGACCAUGAAGGUGCGCGGCACGGCGGGGUACAUCGACCCCGAGGAGGUGGAGACGUGUGAGAUCAGCGUGCUCUCUGACAUCUACGCGCUGGGGCUCAUCCUGCUGCAGCUGCUCACGGGGCAGCGCAGCGUCAAGGCCGUUCACCGCAUGCUCGCCGACUGCACCGCCCGCCCCGCCAGGCCCGGGCAGCACCGGGCGGCGGCGGGUGCGGAGAUGGUGCUGCAGUACCUGGACACGGCGGCGGGCGACUGGCGGCUGGACCUGGCGGAGCAGGUGGCGGCGCUGGCACUGCGCUGCGCUGAGCGGCGGAGGGAGAACCGGCCGGACCUGGCGGAGGAGAUCCACCCCACGCUCGUGCGCGUGGCGGCCGAGGCCAGCGCGGAGGAGCGCCGGCGCAAGAAGCGUAUCGACUCGCAAUUCAUCUGCCCCAUCUCCAAGGUGCGACUCGCAGUUCAUCUGCCCCAUCUCCACGGUGCGUAUCCCCUGGGGCACAGGUUUGUUGGAUUGGUAUUCGCACGGUUCAUCUGCCGUUCAGUGGCAGGCAAAGCGUGUGCGUGUGCGUGGCUUGAGAUAAUGAAGGACCCGGUUGUGGCGGCGGACGGCUUCACAUAUGAGCGGCAGCACAUCACCACGUGGAUGGGCUCCUCAUCGCUCUCCCCCGCCACGGGGCAGCCCCUCCCCCACACGUGCCUGACGCCCAACAACGUGCUCAAGAACCUCAUCGCCUCGCACAAGUUCCACUGA